AUAAUACAAGUACCAUUCGCCCAUUAUCGUAGAAGAAGAGUUAAUGGUUGGCGGUCUAGAGCCAGUUAACAUAAGCUGCUGAAAAGGAAGGAGAUAAAGUUAAAAUGCUGCCCCUGUCUCUGCUUAAAACUGCCCAGAACCAUCCCAUGUUGGUGGAGCUUAAGAAUGGAGAGACAUACAACGGCCACCUGGUCAGCUGUGACAACUGGAUGAACAUAAACCUGAGAGAAGUCAUCUGCACAUCCAGGGAUGGAGAUAAGUUCUGGAGGAUGCCAGAAUGCUACAUCCGUGGAAGCACUAUUAAGUACCUGCGAAUCCCAGAUGAGAUCAUUGACAUGGUGAAGGAGGAGGUGGUUUCAAAGGGCCGCGGACGUGGAGGUGCCCAGCAGAACAAACAGCAAGGAAAGGGAAGAGGAGGAGCUGGCCGAGGUCUGUUUGGCAGCCGUGGCAGAGGGAUGUCUGGUCCUGGUCGGGGCCAGCAGCAGCAGCCAGAUAAGAAACCAGGAAAACCACAGGGAAUGAAAAACCAGCACUGACAGACAGCGCUACACCUUUAACCCACACAUCCUAUUACCAGUGAUUCCUGCACAUAAAAAUAAUUCUCUGCUGUGAUGUUAGGGACUGAUCGUUGCAGAACAACACUGGGAGACACGAGAGGAGCUCCGCUUUUGUACUGAGUGUUUGGUUUUUUUUU